UGCAAGUUCAUGGAGUUGAUAUUUACAGAAAGUAUACUUGUUUAAUCACUGUCCAAAGAAGAAAAUUGAUCAACGUAACUAUUAUGGAGGAAGAUAAUGUACGUGACGUUCUCCAGACAACAUUGACCAGUUGUGAGAGCCUGUCUCCCAAGAUAGCAGGACUGAUACGCCGAUUCAAGGCUGUAAGCACCCUGUUGUUGAUGAGAAAAGACUCUGCAUUUGCUGACCUGGACAAAUACACUAAGAGUUUGCGGAGCUGGGUGGAUGAUUUUGAUGACCAAAUUCAGUCUGCAAUACAUAUAGCAUAUACAGAGAAAGCUGCAGUCAUUAAAGCGUAUAAAGAAGAACUGGAAGAGGAAAUGUCCACUCUGAGUGUUCUUCUACAGGAGUCCAGAAAGCUACUUCAAAUGUCCAGAAAGUUUGAUGCUACUCAGAAUAAACAUGGGAAAACCCUUGUCACUGCUUUAAAGAUGAUGAAGGCAGCUAGUUGCUUGGAGACUAGAGAUGUUGAUGAAAAUCUCGCCUGCUUAAGACUAUCCACUCAGCUGGAUUGGAAGAAUUUGCCUAAACUUGGACAAUUGGUCACAUGUGACUUAUCUGAUGAAAAUGAAUUGGAAGUGAAGACUUUGGGAGAUAAAUCAUGCAAAUGCAGUAAAGAGAUAGCGAAACCUUCUGUAAAGUCAGAGUCUACCCAAACAGACAUUGUACAAUCUGAAAAAGAAACAGUGAGUGAAUCAAAAGCUAGUAAAAGCAAGAACAGCUAUGGCAGUCAGAAGUCAAAAGACAACCGGUCAUUCACCAACCAAAAAAAUCAAAGGUUUAUCAUCUCUCAGUUAGAGAAAGGUGGUAUCAGCAAGCAAGGAACAAGAUCUUUAACAGUUUCUUCCACAGGUGGUUCGGUAAAUAACAAUCACAGAGAGGAGGGACCUAGGAGAAGACCAGUCAUUAGAGACUCAAAAUUUAAACUCGACACCAGUCAGCCACGCAAACGAUCCGUCAUCAAAAAAGAAGAUAAUCUUGGUGACAUUGUGCAAAAUUAUUCAAAAGGGGAAGUUUGUGACAAUCCAAAAUCAUCACUCAAUGUUCCCACAACCGAAAAUUCCCAAAAGACAGAAAACUGUAUUGACAAUUCACUUGUGAAAACCCGUAUGGAUGGUCUUCGCAAACCCAGGCCUAUUUCUCUUUCCCCGAGGACACCGGAAAUUUGUAAAACAGAAGAGAAUCGUGGUACAGGCACUGACUGUAAUGCAUUAACAAUGGUUAAUGGAGAAACAAAUGCCGACACUGCCAUUGUGAAACAAUUGUUUGAUCCAGAUGUACUGAAAAGAGACAAAACUGAAAAACCAGAUGUUGAUGAAGAAGUGGAAUCUUGUGAAGUAAGUGCUUCUGUGAAGGAUUCAUCACAAAUGUCGCAUAAUGGUGAAGAUAAGCAACAUGACACAGGAAGCAAGUCUAGUCCAACAGAAAAUGGAAAAAAUUCUUCUAGUCCCAGUACCCCCAAUGCAUGUCUACCAACAGAUAUUACUAUAAAAUCAGAACCUAUCACUCCAGUUGAAUCUAUUGCACCAGUUGUAGUGGAAAUCAAACAAGAAUUGAUGACUCCACCAGACUUUAACAGUAAUAACCAGGUAGCUGUCAAUCAGAACAAACCAAAUCCUGUUUUAAAGUGUAGCUCAUCGGUGAGUAAGGCAGAGGGUUGGGAAAGUGAUGAAGAAAUUAAAGGUAGGCUAGCCGACAAGAUCCAGGGUGUUAUUUCAGACAGGUUCUCUGCUGAGAAGGAUGUGAACUGUGAUGUUACAGACGAGCCACAUUCACCUCCAGAACGUCCACCACAAACAGCAAGACUGACCUCAGGUGUCCCUUUACAUGAACCAAAUUCCACAGAGAAGUCACCUCCUGACAAUGAUGCUGUACCUUUACUACUGCCAUCAUUACCAGCGGAUUCGUCCUUUCUGAAUUCAAAUAGCCAUUCUUUAGACCCAGACUCCACAGGAAAGUCACAGCUUAACAGCAACAAAGUGCCACAUUCAGGGAGUGGUAACAAAGUAAAUGGGGGUGAAGAAUUUCACUCAAAUGAUGUAGACAGUAAAUUAGACUGUUGUGUGUCGGAUAUCCCAUUGCCACCAACCCAAGAUUCUCCACAGGGAGCGUCGCCUAAUUCUCACUCAAAUGAUGUAGACAGUAAAUUAGACUGUUGUGUGUCGGACAUCCCAUUGCCAUCAACCCAAGAUUCUCCAAAGGGAGCGUCACCUAAUUCUUACUCAAAUGAUGUAGACAGUAAAUUAGACUGUUGUGUGUCGGACAUCCCAUUGCCAUCAACCCAAGAUUCUCCAAAGGGAGCGUCACCUAAUUCUUACUCAAAUGAUGAAGAAAAUGAAUUAGAUGGAAAUGUGUUGCCAGUGUCCCAAGACAUUCCAAAGAGAAUUUCACCUCAGAAUGUUACAAUUCCAUGUCCCCAAAACAAUGUUGAUAGUGCCAUUACACAGCAUGUCAGGGAGGAGAUCCGUAACGGCAAAAAAGGAAAUUUCUCUCCAGUAUCUGCAAAGCUGCUGUUCAAAGUUGGCACAAAAGACAACCACCUUAAGUAUCCAAUCGGUGUUACCACAAAUGGCAAUGGAGAAAUCUUUGUAGCUGACACUGGUAAUCAUCUUGUUAGGAUGUACAACGAUCAAGGCAAAUUUCUCAAAUCUCUGGGGAAAGAGGUACAUAUGAAGCGACCAUCAGCCAUAGUGAUAAACAACAAAGAUGAGAUGUUUGUCAAGGAUGACUUUGCAAUACAUGCUUUCACUGCUGGGGGGAAAUUUGUCAAAACACUAGCAAAGAGUGUACUUGGUCAUCCAUUUGGUUUGGACUUGACUCCAGAUGGUCUGCUGGUGACCUUGGAUACCCAACGGAGCAAUCCAAGAGUGAUUAUCAUAUCUCAAGAUGGAACUCGGAUACGAAAAUUUCCAUUCGUACCUCUUCUUGAUCCCAGUACAAGAGCUUCCACCAAAUGUAGGUUCCUGGCAAUACAGGCAGAAAGACUGAUUGUCAGUGACUUAGGUACAAGUUGUGUCUACAUAUCUGAUAACUAUGGAGAAAUACUGUGUGAGUUUGGAGAGUAUGGAACUUCUCUUGGAAAAUUCCGGGAACCUUCAGGAGUGACAACAGACCAGCAAGGGCACAUACUCGUAGGGGACAGUAAAAAUGACAGAAUCCAGAUUUUUAAGCCCAAUGGAUCAUUUCUUUGCGACAUUGAAUUUGACAAGGCAAUACAACGACCAUCAGACAUUCAUCUUACAAAGGAUGGUAAACUUUAUGUCACAAACUUUCUUUUGCAUCAAGUGUUUGUGUACCAGCUUGGACAGAAAUAAAAUCAAGACAAAAAAAGUGAAAUGCUGCUGCUUUUUAAGUGUCCAAACAACAACAGAUAGGUUGUCCUGUUGUAAAAGUUGCUGCUCUCCAAGUGUCCAACCAACAACAGAUAGGUUGUCCUGUUUUAAAAGUUGAACACAAUGUCAGUUCUUCAAAUUUUGGUAUUGUUUUCAAAACUAGGAGUUUCUCUACACCAAUUCAUUCAAGAUUUCUCAUGCAAAUGAUUUAGUUUAUGAACAUUGAACGAAGUGGAAGAAGGGUAAUUGUGACACAAACUUUUUAUCCUAUAUAUAGAUAUAUACUACGAUCUUCAGUAUGUCAAAACUAUAAAGUUUGCAUUGAUUAAGGAUGUUUACAGUUUUUUGUCAUUAUUGAGAGCAGUGCUCCCCAAGUUUUCAUAUUUGCUUGUUUUUGUACUUUUUUUUUUAUUAUCAAAUUUGUCGACAAUGCUAGAAGAGUUGUUAGUUUAAUAAACUAAAGACAUUCAGCCCUC